AUGGCUUCCUCAGUCGCUUCCAAUGGAUCGCCAACCCUUCGUCGUACAAUUGAUCGUAGCAGCCAUGAAAACCCUGGAUUCGGUGACGAUGCCGCUGAUAAACUAACAACAAGAAUGGACAAUGCUAAUACUCUCAAGAAGGCCGCUACAGCUCUUUCUACAAACAAGUUGGGCAACCAAGCUGCUCCUAAGAAGAUGAAGUUAAGCCACGAGACUUUCAUUGCCCCUACUACCACUGCUCCUUCGUUCCAAUGUCCCACUUUCGACAACUCGCCAAAUCCUGUCGAUAAAUUAUUGGCCAAGCUUUCGGAGCAACAAGCGGUUCUCAAUCGCCAGCAUGAAGCUUUGAGGAACUCAGAUGACUAUAGCUCGAACAAUUCAAGAACCCUCGACUACUGUUCUGCUCCUACCUCUGUCCCAAUCACACCUGCUACGGAAAAUUUCGACUCUGGCACAGCGACAACUGCUCCAACUACUCGUCCUCAGAGUCGUGGUGAUGGGGAUAAUCAGCCUAGUGCUGAAGAGGUUCUACGUCUCAAGAUUGAGUUGGAGGCUGCAAAAGGAAGAAUUGCACGCAUGGACCAAGAGCUUGCACAAAACCGCAUCACAAAGCACACUAUUGACCAAGCUAUUGGUAGUGUUUCUGAAGCCGACUUUCCUCUCGGAAAUGUUUCUGAACCCUCUGCCGGUAUCCCUCCAAAUCAUUUUCGUCCUCACGUCACUCGUGAAAGCUCCUGGGCCAACCAAGAAGAUGCACAUUCGGACCAUAGUGAUGCUCUUUCCGCAAGUGGCUACAACCGUACUAGGGCUAUUUGGGGCAAUAACAAACCAAAUUUUUCGAAUGCUCCACCAAUGCCUUCCUUUCAACCUUCUGAUCCACAUACUUCUGGACAAUGGAUGGGUCGUAGUGGUUGCAAUCAACCAUUCGUUGAGCCAAACAUGGCAUUUGGUGGACCACCUCCAAAUGCCUUUCGUGGCGAGAGAUACGAGCAUGAUAUGGCAAUGCCCGGUGCUGGAGUCCGUCGUAACAAUGGCAACAGAUUCAAUAACAAUCGUAAUCUAGGUUCCAUUCCUUACUCGAGCAGCUCAAGUUCUUUUGAAGGUUUUACACCAGCUUCAAGUGCUUACGGAUCAAUGGGGGGAAUCCCAACUCCACUGGGCAAUCAGAUGAACAUGGGUAUGAACAUGGGAAGUGGAAUGUACUCAGGCUACCAGCCUCAGCCAAUAGGCACACCUCUUUCGCCACAUGCACCAGAGUUCACUUCAGCAAGUGGAACAUGGAAGACUGAGUCGGUUGCUAAUGAAGGUCACCAAACUUAUCUACCAACAACUGAGCCGUUGAACUAUCGUCGUCUCCUGGACCGAACCGUCAACUGUAACUGGAAGUAUAUUGUUGACAAGAUUGUUUGCAAUAAUGAUCAGCAAGCUUCGAUCUUCUUGCAACAGAAGCUCAAGGUUGGUACAACCGAGCAGAAAUAUGAUAUUGUCGAGGCUAUUGUUGCCCAGGCCUAUCCUCUAAUGGUCAAUCGCUUUGGAAACUUCUUGGUUCAACGAUGCUUCGAGCACGGCACUCCAGAGCAAGUCAUCAAGAUCGCAGAGGCUAUACGCGGCAAUACUCUCAAUCUCUCUAUGGAUGCUUUUGGUUGCCAUGUUGUCCAAAAGGCUUUUGAUUCUGUUCCAGAAGAUUACAAGGCUAUUAUGGUCCAUGAACUGCUCCGUAGAAUUCCAGAAACUGUCAUUCAUAGAUACGCUUGCCAUGUCUGGCAGAAGUUGUUUGAACUUCGCUGGACUGAGUCUCCACCUCAGAUCAUGAAGUACGUCAAUGAAGCUCUUCGUGGUAUGUGGCAUGAGGUCGCUCUUGGUGAGACUGGCAGUUUGGUUGUUCAGAACAUCUUCGAGAACUGUCUGGAAGAAGACAAGCGUCCUUGUAUUGAAGAAGUCCUUGCUAGCAUUGACAUUGUCGCCCAUGGACAGUUCGGUAAUUGGUGUAUUCAACAUAUCUGCGAGCAUGGAGCACCAGCUGAUCGCAGCCGAGCUAUUGACCAUGUUAUCCGCUACGCUUCCGAAUACAGCAUGGAUCAAUUUGCUUCCAAGGUUGUCGAAAAGUGUCUCAAGAUUGGCGGUGUCGACUUUCUUGGUCGUUACCUUGAUCGUGUCUGUGAAGGUCGCCUCGAUCGUCCCCGCAUUCCUUUGAUUGAUAUUGCCAGUGAUCAAUAUGGCAAUUACUUGAUCCAAUACAUUUUGCAGCACUCCAACCCACAACAUCGGGAAAUUGUUGCUUCCCAUAUUCGCAAGCACAUGGUCUCUCUUCGUGGUUCGAAAUUCGGCUCCCGAGUUGGUAUGCUCUGCACCAACCCUGCCCUUCAAACUCGUCCAGGCCCAGGCUCUGGCCCUACAAUCAGCAGCGCUCCACCACCACGUAUGCCACCAACCAACGUUCGAUACGGUGGUACCUACCGCUAAGUUACCUACAACUCAUCAUUUGCUUUUCCUGCUUUGUCACAUUGCCUUUUGUGUUCGGGUCUUCAUACGAUCUCCACAAAGACAAGAUUUUAUGCAACCAAGAUAACAGUACAACAUAUCCUCCGGGGCCUUUUGUUUUCCGGUUUUCAGUCUCUCAUAUCUAUGGACACCUUACACUGGUUCUACAUUAUUCAGCAGAUACAAAGUCAAGCUUGUAUUGUCCACACUCUCGCUGUAAAUUGGGAUUUCCCUUCGUCGAAUUACGACAUGUUCAUUCUGUUUAAUCAACAUUAUCUUCGAAAAGCUAUUCUACCAUAACGAGUCAUCCUAAGCUGAGGAUUAUCUUCAGUACUUUGGACAGAUCAUAGUUACUACUUUUGCAUUAUGUUAUGCGAGAGGUGAUAUAUUUUCGAGGCUGUUAUCGCCAAAAUCUUCUCUUUUUAUCGACUUUUGAAUCAUCCAUUGUGUGGAGGUUUACUCCGCUUUAGUGUUUGUUCUCAGAUCGGGUACACUGUCUCUCCCUUCUUUUUUGUCAGAUAAAAAUGUUUCGGUGUGGUAGGAAUUAAUGUGGUGGAGAGGUUUGAUCGUACUCAUAUACUUCAUUGUGCUUUUUCUGCUUGUACUUAAACAACCAAAGAAACACC